AAUCGUAGUUUUGCUAUUGUUAUUGCCAGUUGCUGAUUCCAACCAUCCUAUAAUUUAUAAUAUCUAUUUGUUUAAAUUUUCAACGUUUUCGCGUAUAAGAUUUUUAUCCAUUUCGAUCCGUUGAAGUAGAUCACUAAUAUAUCGUCAUGGUUGUGUUUUCGGGAUCAGGUGAUUCCAAACAAGCAACAAAUGCCUACAAAGAUAAAAGCAAACCGGCCGAAGUCCGGAAAAGUAACAUCGCCGCUGCUAAAGCUGUCGCUGAUGCUAUCCGAACAAGUUUGGGUCCAAAGGGAAUGGAUAAAAUGAUUCAAUCAGCUAAUGGUGAGGUUGCAAUUACUAAUGAUGGUGCUACAAUUUUGAAACAAAUGAAUGUUAUACAUCCUGCAGCUAAAAUGUUGGUUGAAUUGUCAAAUGCCCAAGACGUAGAAGCUGGUGAUGGUACUACAAGUGUAGUGGUUGUAGCUGGUGCUCUUUUGGAAGCCUCAGAAAAACUUCUUCAAAAAGGUAUUCAUCCUACUGCUAUAUCAGAUGGCUUUCAAAAAGCAGCUACAAAAGCAAUUGAAAUAAUCAAAGAUAUGGCUACACCAAUACAGCUAACCGAUCGUGAAAGCUUGGUUAAGAGUGCUUCUACAGCAUUAAAUUCUAAGGUUGUAUCUCAACAAUCAUCAUUGUUAGCUCCUUUAGCUGUUGAUGCUGUUCUUAAAGUUGUGGAUCCUGCUAAAGACACAAAUGUUGAUCUUAAGGAUAUUAAGGUUAUUAAAAAGCUUGGUGGAACAGUUGAAGACACAAAACUUGUUGAUGGUUUAGUUUUCACGCAGAAAUCUUCAAAUGUUAAUGGCCCCAAGAAAAUAGAAAAAGCUAAAAUAGGACUCAUUCAAUUCUGUAUAUCACCUCCUAAAACAGAUAUGGAUUACAAUGUUGUUGUGUCAGAUUAUACAGCAAUGGAUCGCGUGUUGAGAGAAGAACGUGCCUACAUUUUGAACAUUGUUAAACAAAUAAAAAAAGCUGGUUGUAACGUUUUGUUGAUUCAAAAAUCCAUACUACGUGAUGCUCUAUCAGAACUAGCUAUACAUUUUUUGGACAAAAUCAAGUGUAUGGUCAUCAACAAUAUUGAACGAGAAGAUAUUGAUUACGUGUGCAAAACACUGAAUUGUAGACCCAUUGCUAGUCUGGAUCAUUUUGUUGCCGAAAAUCUUGUAUCGGCUGACUUGGUAGAAGAUGUUAUGACUGGAAAUAGUCAUUUUGUGCAAAUCACCGGUAUUCAAAACCCAGGCAGAACAGUGAGCAUUAUUGUACGAGGUUCCAACAAAUUAGUAUUAGAAGAAGCGGAACGAUCCAUUCAUGACGCUUUGUGCGUCAUCCGCUGUUUGGUCAAACAUAGAGCGUUAUUGGCCGGUGGCGGAGCGCCUGAAAUCGAAAUAAGUAUAAAACUUGCAGAAUUAGCCAGGCUAGCAUUAGGAGUUGAUGCAUACUGUUACAGAGCAUUCGCACAAGCUCUUGAAGUGAUACCCUUAACGUUAUCGGAGAACGCUGGUCUUAAUCCUAUUACCACAGUGACAGAGUUGCGCAACCGUCAUGCUCAAGGUGAAAUCACAGCGGGAAUCAAUGUCAGAAAGGGAGCUAUUACCAAUAUCCUCGAAGAAAAUGUUGUACAGCCAUUGCUAGUUUCCAUUAGUGCUAUAACAUUAGCUUCAGAAACCGUACGCAGCAUUUUGAAAAUCGAUGACAUUGUAAAUACUAGAGGAUACUAAGUAAACAAAAAAAAAAAACUGUAUUUUCUCAGGUCCAGUGGAAAGACUGCAUACUUAAAUUAAUACAACUAACAUCCAAAUGGAUCAAACAAAUAUUUUGGCUACAUAGCCUUACUAAUUUGCUUAAGCAAUUUUUUUUUUUUUGUUAAACAUAUUUUUAUACUUCUUUAAUAACAAUCUACACACUAAAUGAAAUUUGUUUAA